AUGUCAUCCUUCUCAAUUCCAUCCCGUCCGAGAUCGCCGCCAAGCGAUAUUUCCUGGCGUUGCUUGGGCCACACAGACGAGCUUCAGAAAGAUCCCAAUGACAUCAACUUGAUUACGAACUGGCCCGGUACAGGCCGUGAAGAAAGCAAGUGCCCGACAGAGCUUAGCUACGGUGAUGACGGUAAAAUCCAUUGGAGCUUUGAUGUCCCCCCUGAUGCAAGCUCGGUAUCAUGGUUCAAACUUCUACUUCUCCGCGAAGAAGAUACAAAUGACGACAGGGAUGUAUCUGAAUACCUCGUCAGCGCGCGCGAGUUCCUCUCGCGCACCAACAAAACUGCUAUUGACGCCGUCUCAGAUUUCCUAGGUGCGCUUUGGAAAAAUACCAUCGCCAAGAUUGUGUGCGCGCGGGGGCAAAUGGUCGUCGAUGCCCUCGUGUUUCGCGUUGUGAUUACCGUCCCCGCAAUCUGGAAAGGGUAUGCGAGGCAAGCGAUGCACAAGGCUGCCGAUCAAGCAGGCAUAUUGAAAGAACGCGCCGCUGGGCCUACGGAGCUUGUAUUUGCAAAUGAGCCCGAAGCCGCAGCGAUGUCAACACUAAUCGAGAGGGGUAGGAGGCCAGGUACAGGGGGCGUUUAUGUUGUUUGUGACGCCGGCGGUGGCACAGUUGACAUGAUCAGCUAUAAGAUCGACCAGGUCGAUCCUAUUUGUAUGAAGGAAGCAGUCGAGGGAAAGGGU